UAUAUGUACUUCUGCCAACCAUUUCAUUUCCUCUCUAGAAGGUUUGCUAAUUUAAAUGCAGAAUCUGAGGCAACUUUACCAUUGUUGCUUUCUUACGAGGAAGUCCUUUCCAUCGUCUUCCUCUACACUGCUUUCUUUGAUUCCCAAAUAUCUUUGCCUCCCAACUCUUCACCCUGUUUCUUGGAUUUUUCUCCCUAAAGGUCAAUAUAAGAGUAACUCGAUAAGCUCCUCUGCGAGAAAUAUGUCGACUUCAACAAUUGCAUUAGCAAUUGAAAAGCAAAUGGUCCUUGAAAAUGGGGUUCAACAGGUUGAAUUACUUAAUGGGGUGGAGGAUUCAUAUGGUGGGAUCAUCCUAAACAUGGAGGAACCUAUGGAAUCCGAGGCAUUCGUCUAUUCACUCAGAGCUUCAAUAUCACAAUGGAAGCAACAGGGGAAGAGGGGCGUCUGGAUUAAAUUGCCUAUUCAACUUGUUAAUCUGGUUGAACCGUCGGUUAAGGAAGGGUUUAGGUACCACCAUGCGGAACCAGAUUAUAUAAUGCUUGUGAAUUGGAUCGGUAACUCUACCAAUACCAUACCUGAAAAUGCAUCACACCGUGUGGGGAUUGGUGCUUUUGUCACCAAUGACCAAAGAGAGGUGCUUGUAGUUCAAGAGAAUAAUGGCACGUUCAAAGGCAAAGGUGUGUGGAAAUUCCCUACUGGAGUCGUUAACGAGGGUGAAGAUAUUUGCAUGGCAGCAAUCAGGGAAGUUAAAGAAGAGACAGGGAUCGACACUGAAUUUGUGGAAAUUUUAGCAUUUAGGCAAAGCCACAAGUCGUUCUUCACGAAAUCGGAUUUGUUUUUCGUUUGCAUGUUACGUCCACUCUCGUUCGACAUCCAGAAGCAAGAGACAGAGAUUGAAGCUGCUCAGUGGAUGUCGAUCAACGAAUAUGCAGCACAACCUUUUAUCCAGAAACAUAAUGGCUUUAGUAGUGUUGCCAACGUAUGCUUAGCAAAGUUAGAGAAGGACUACGCCGGAUUUUCCCGGAUUCCGACAACCACAGCUUCGGGGAAAACUAGUUACGUAUACUUCAACAGCAGAGAUCUGAGCAAGCUGUAAGCAGCAGUGUCAAGGUCACUGAAAAUGAAUAAAAUUCAAAUUGUUUUCAUGCACAAGCUGAUCCAAUAGAAACUCAAGCUUGGUAAUAUAGUUUAAUAAAGCUACCUAUGUAUAUCUUGUCAUUGUCAUGUUAUGAUUGUGAUUAAGAUAUUAUAUAUUCCAUUCGUAUUAUUUAAUUUCAAGGUUAAUUGAAUGCUUGAAA